AUGGUUAGCCCCAAUGGAUCUACGCAGUCGCACAUCUCCCAGGCUAGAAAAGCCGAGGGCGCUGUCGACACGGCCACCUCGCGGAAUGCGGCGUUGGAGGCGGCGAUCGAUGCCGCCGAGCAUUACAUGAAAGCGUUGCGUCUAGCGCCUGCCGCUGAAAAGACGACCCUCGAUGCAAAAUGCAAAGACCUGCUCACCAGGGCGGAGAAAAUUAAGGGCGCUGCUGACUGGCAGUCGGCGGCGUGGGGGGAGUCUCGCAAGGGAUUGCGACCUCCUACUUCCAAGCGCAAGCUCACGACUCGCGAAGAGAUCAUUAUCCUCGAGGGAGCGAAGCUGAAUGGAUUUAAAUUUCCGCCAUGGCAGCAUACACCAGCUCCGGAGGAAUUGCUAUUGCCGGACAGUCAGGUUUUCACAGAUUCACCGGACCUUCAUAUUUCAGAAUGUCAACGGGCUAUCUUCGCGGGCUGGAAACGUCCGCGCGAGCUGCUGCUCUCAAGAGAGGCUGAUGCUGAUAACCCCGUCAUGUCCGUGUCAACUGCCACGGACCUGGUGCAGGAUGUAUUGACCGAUUGCUCGGUGGUUGCAAGUCUCUGCGCCGCCACCUCGCGCUCAGAGCGCGGUCUGGGAAAACAUGCGAUGCCAGCAAUGUUCCCCUGUGAAGGAGAGCAAGAAGAACCCCAAACAUCAUCUUCCGGGAAAUACAUCUUCCGUUUCUAUUUCAACGGAUCGUUUCGAAAAGUGGUCAUUGACGACCGACUACCGUCUUCGAAAACCACACGGUCACUCCAUGUGAUCGAUCGAAAGCACUACAACUUUCUAUGGCCGGCACUAGUCGAGAAAGCAUAUCUCAAAGUCCGUGGGGGCUACGACUUUCCGGGAAGCAACUCAGGAACCGAUCUCUGGGUUCUGACCGGGUGGAUCCCGGAGCAGGUCUUCCUCCAUCACGAGGAUACUACCUCCGAUGAGAUCUGGGGCCGCUUGUACAAACCUUUCCACGUCGGUGACGUGGUCCUGACCAUUGGAACGGGCAAGCUGACCGAACAGGAGCAAAACGGGCUGGGAUUGGUGAGUGAGCACGACUAUGCCAUACUAGACAUGAAGGAAGUCCACGGACGUCGCCGGCUCCUUCUCAAGAACCCAUGGGCCGGCGAAGAAACUGAGCAGACCCAAUCUGUAUUCAGACAAGAUGAACUUUCGCCUCUGUCACCAGGGAUCUUUUGGAUGGAUUGCGAGCAGGUUCUGCAGAAUUUUGAAAAUCUUUACCUGAAUUGGAACCCUGGCCUGUUCAAAUACCGCGAGGACAUCCACUUCACCUGGGAUCUGUCCCAGGGGCGAGGAAUUGCUGGCUGCUUCAUUAAGAACCCUCAAUUCUCGAUUCACAGCGAGUCGGGAGGUACAGUCUGGCUUCUGCUCGGGAAACACUUCAAGACCGUGGACCACCGCAUCAGAGACCAAGAAUUCAUCAGCAUCUACAUAUUUACGGCGGACGGGAGAAGGGUUUCCUUGAGCGAUGGGGGACUUCAUCGGGGGCCCUACGUGGAUUCGCCCAACACACUCAUGAGGCUGGAGAUGCCUUCGAAGACGACCUAUACAGUUGUGGUUUCCGAGCAGUCGCUCCCUUCGUUGAGCCAAAAUUUCACACUCUCCGCACUCUCUCCAUCUCCGGUGACGCUGGCCUUUUCCAGGGACAAAUAUCUCUGCUUGAACAAGGCAUAUGGAUACUGGACUCCACAGACUGCCGGCGGUAACGCCGAGUCUGCGCGGUAUCAUUCUAACCCGCAAUUCAGCGUUCAGAUUUCCGAGCGGACCGAUCUUUCGGUCUUACUCGAGUCCCACGAGGCCGAGCUGGCCACGCACGUUAAGCUCUUUUGGUCCAACGGCACGCGCAUUGCCAGGGUACGCAGUCGAGACAUCAUUGCCGACAGCGGCGACUAUCGCCGAGGCUGCGCACUGGCCGAGACCAAGGCCUUGGAUCCGGGCAGCUACACCCUCGUCUGCUCUACGUACGCACCCGACCAACUCGGCCGCUUCACGCUCUGGAUUUCCUCGACGAUCCCGUGCGUGGUGCAACCACUGGCAUCCGAGUCUGCCGGCCGCCGCAUUGUGGUAUCGCAAGUAGGAUUCUUGUCGGCCGGCCGGGACCGCAUGCUGGCGCCAUUGCGGGUGUCACGCCUCACGCGGCUCAAGCUUGUGGCCAGGAACAAACGAUCCAUGAUCGGCGCGCGGGCGGUUGCCCCGUCUCCGGUGCUGAUGACGGUGGAACUGGGCCAGGGGCCAUACAAGGAGAUCUUAGCGACAUCGGAGGAUGGAAGCCAUAGCGAUGCUGCCUCGGGGGUUCGGAUCGAGGACUUUGAUCUUCAACCUCAUUUUCAGGUGUGGAUUGUGAUUGAGCGGAGUCCUGGCGGACAGGUGGAGGAUCAAUUCGAAGUUGAGGCAUUGGCCGAAGAGAAAGUUGAGAUCGGGGAGUGGGUGGUGGAGGAACAAUAG